AUGGUGGGCGUGGUGGCGUGCGGCUCGGUGAGCUCCAUCAAAGCUCUGUGGGAGACCAGGAUCAGGAGGGUCCGCGAGGAGCAGCAGGAGGAGCAGGAGAACCGGAGGAAGAUCAGGGGCGGAGCCAGCAGCAGGCUCGGUGUGGGGGUCUGGGAGGACCGGGCGGUUCUUGCCCGGCUGAAGCAGAAGCUGCAGACAGAAGACGGACGACUCAUCCUGCGGAUCGAGCAGGAGGACUGGAAGACGCUGCCGGGCUGUCUGGUCCAGUUCAGUCAGGUCCAGGAGUGGCAGAUUCACCGGACCGGACUGCAGAAGAUCCCUCACUUCAUCUCCAGCUUCCAGAACCUUUUAGUUCUGGAUCUGUCCCGGAACGGGGUCACAGAGAUCCCCAAACAGAUCGGGAAGCUGACCCGGCUCAGAGAGCUCCUGCUGAGCUACAACAGAAUCCAGUUUGUUCCUGAAGAGCUGGGCUGCUGUGAGGGUCUGGAGCGGCUGGAGCUGGCCAUGAACCGGGACCUGAACCAGCUGCCAGACCAGCUCAGGACCCUGACCAGGCUGCAGCACCUCGAUCUGUCCAUGAACGACUUCUCCUGCGUGCCGGACUGCGUGGUCGCGCUGCCGGCGCUCGAGUGGCUCGACAUGGGAGGGAACCAGCUGCAGCACCUGCCUGAGGACAUACACAGGAUGGAGAUGCUGCACACGCUGUGGCUGCAGAGGAACCAGCUGGAGAAACUCCCAGACAACAUCAGCAGGAUGCAGCGACUGGACACGCUGGUCCUCAGCAGCAACCGGCUCAGGGACAUCCCGCCUCUGAUGGACGACAUGUCCAACCUCAGGUUUGUGAAUUUCCGGGACAACCCUCUGACUCUGGACGUGACGCUGCCGGACAUAAAGCAAAAGACUGAGGACACUGAAGAAAAAGAUGAUGAAGAAGAUGAGGAAGACGACAGAGAGAUGUUUGGAAAAGAGUUCAUGCACAUUUACAUCCAGGAGGCCAGGAAGCGAGCGUACGCCGUGCUCAACAUGCACCGAGUCAACCUUUCAAGGUUCUGAAAUCCUUCAGAGGGUCUGUAAGAGGUGGGCGUGGUCACCGUGACAUCAGCGGCUGGUGUGACCAUAUUUGGAGGAAAUUAUCACCUAACGUAAACAAGAUGCAUCUAUAAUUAUAAAUGAUCAGUUAAGUGAGGUGAGAAAUCAACUUCUAUACAAUCAGACUUCUCUCUGCAGCCGGUGGAGUCGCCCCCUGCUGGACGUCAGGCAGACUGCAGGUUAAAGACAUUUCACCGUGUUGGUGUUUGGUUCUUUUAUUGUGAAAGUCAGAUUAUAAACUUAAUGGAAAGAGAUCCUACAUUUCCCACAAUGCACCUGGGUAAUGUUUCAA